ACAAAGCUAGACGAACAACAGUCAAAUGGUCAUGGCCCAUGUACGAGAAUUUCGAAAAUCAUUACAAGUAUCGCGAGUUAGUGAGAUUAUGUUCUAUUGAAUUUUGCCGAUUCUUGAAUUGGCACUAAAAUAUGAAGUUUCAAAAGCAUGAUCGACGACUCUACCAAUUAUUAUUACGAUGGAUGCCGAUGCGCAUAUGGAUAUGCGUGAUGAUGUUCACCGCUUGCUGGACCAGCUACGCGUGUCGCUUGCAAAUGCCAAUCUUGGUAGUGCCGAUGAUCAAGGAGCAACCGAUCAAUCACACGAUCAGCGGCGUGUGCGUGUUCGAUGAAUCCGCGCGACGACGACGCGAUAUCGUCAACAUUUUCGAUCCGGGCAGCUACCUGGAGGAAUACAUCUUGGAUCGCGUCGAGGAGGAGCGAGAUCAGAAACUGCACUCGCUGCAUCGUCGCCAGGCAACGACGAAUACGACGCGAACACCGGACACACGGUUUGAGUUGUUUAGCAAUCUACCGUUCGACUGGACCCCGACGAUUCGAGGUCAGCUGUUGGCCAGCUACAGCUACGGCAACGUGCCCGGCAAUCUCAUCGGCGGCUGGCUAGCGUUGAGAUAUGGACCGCGACACGCAAUCCUCUGGACAGCGAUCCUGUCAGCGGUCCUAUCGCUGGUGAGCCCGUUCCUAGCACAUUGUCACUGGGGAAUAUUAUUAUGCUCGCGAAUCAUCAUUGGUAUCACCACCGGUGUCACUUUCCCCGCGUGUCACACCAUGGUGGCUAAAUGGGCACCGCCACACGAGCGGGCGCGGUUCAUCUGGUCCUUGCUCGGUGGAACCUUCGGCACUAUCCUUACAUAUCCGAUGAUAGCCGCUAUUGCAGAGAACAUAAAUUGGGAAAGCGGCUGGUACAUACCGUCCCUGCUGAUGCUGGUAUGGAUCAUAAUGUGGGCAUUGGUCGCCUACGAUUCUCCCGCGGAACAUCCCGGCAUCACCGACGAGGAGAAGAAUUACAUCUUAACCGCGCAAGCGGGAAUAGUACGCCCCGAGAAGCCCAAGUGGAAGCAAACACCAAUACGACAGAUUAUGACAUCGCUACCGUUUAUCAGUUUGAUCAUAUGUCAUUUUGGAAAUCUCUUCCUGUUAUUCUUCUACCAAAACUCGCUGAUGUUGUACUUGACUAAAGCGUUGGGCUUCCAAUUAACCCAGGGCGGCGCCGCGGCCGGUGCUCCAUGGGGCGCUAGAAUGCUCUUCGGAUUCUUCUUCAGCUGGGCGGGUGACACUAUCAAAAGAAAGCAGGUCAUCAGCAUCACUCUUUUACGAAAACUGGCGACUAUAUUCUCGCAUUUUCUGCCGGGCAUCUUCCUGAUACUAGUCGGCUACGUUGGUUGUGACUUUGUACUUGCAAAUGUCUUUUUGUUCUUCGCGUUGGGCUUCAAUGGCGCUGCUCUUAUUUCGAAUCUGUCGAACAAUCAGGAUCUUGCGCCAAACUUUGCCGGCUUCCUUUACGGCAUCAUGAAUACAAUCGGUACUACUUCCGGCAUGAUUAUCCCACCGAUAGUCGAAGAAGUAGCUGGCAAAUACGGAAAUCCAAUCGAUAGAUGGCAAAUACUUUUUUGGAUCGGCGCUGCGGUAUGUAUAGGAAGUAUGAUUGUAUUCCUGUUUGGAGGUAGCGGUAACAUACAGAGCUGGAAUGAGCUUCGACCGAUUAAUAGACCGAAUCCUGAUGUAGAAGCUAGACAAAUUGAAUUGGAGCUUAGCAACAAUGUAGCACAAACCUAAUAUGCAAUCUUAAUAAAUCCAAAAUUUUCAUUUUAAUAACGACAUAUCGCGAAUGCGCAACAAAAAUAUUUAAUUAUAGACAAUAAUAUUU